AUGAAGGGAACAUACAAGAUGCAGGCUACAGAGAACGGGGUAUUGAGAGAGUCUUUUAAGUUUGUUGAGGAGGAGAAGAGUGACGCCCGCAUUCAAGGCGGGGAGGCGCAGCCGCUGCCCUCCUGUUGCCUCAGUGUCAACAAGGUGUCCUACACAGUCAGUGAGCGUGUUGGUCCUUGGUGGGACUUGCCCUCCUACAGGAAGAGAUGGACCCGUCAGAUCCUCAACGAGGUCUCCUUCCAUGUCGGCAGUGGGCAGAUCAUGGGAAUACUAGGCAACUCAGGCUCUGGGAAGACCACUCUCCUGGAUGCCAUCUCAGGGAGGAUUGGAAACUCAGGUACACUCCAUGGAGAGGUCUUCAUAAAUGGCAGGAAGCUGAAGAGAGAGAAAUACCAGGACUGCUUCUCCUACGUUCUGCAGAGCGAUAACCUGUUGAGCCAUUUGACUGUUGAGGAGACUCUGACCUACACAGCUCAGCUGGCCCUGCGGAAGCACUCAGCCGUAGGCAUCAAGAAGAAGGUGUCAGCAGUGAUGGCAGAGCUGAGUCUUAGUCAUGUGGCCCAAAGUGUUAUUGGAGGCCGUGUUUUCCCAGGGAUCUCUGGGGGUGAGAGGAGGAGGGUCUCCAUCGCCAGCCAGCUCCUUCAAGACCCCAAAGUAAUCCUAUUGGAUGAGCCAACCACGGGGCUGGACAGCAUGACAGCCAACCAGAUUGUGGUCCUGCUCGCCGAGCUGGCCAAGAGGGACCGCAUCGUUGUGGUGACCAUACACCAACCACGUUCCGAACUCUUCAGGGUGUUCAGUCGGAUAGCCAUAAUGAGUCGUGGCGAGCUGGUGUUCUGCGGGCAGCCAGAGGAGAUGGUAGACUUCUUCAGCCAGUGUGGAUACGAGUGUCCAGAGUACUGCAACCCCUUUGACAUCUAUGUGGACUUCACCUCGGUGGACACACGCAACAGUGAAAGGGAGGCGGCCACGUUCAGCCGCAUGCACGACAUCACCUCAUCCUACCAAGCGUCUGCUAUCUACCAGAACAUGCUGGGAAAGAUGAAGCAGAGCCUGCGGCGGGCAAACAAACCAGCCAUUCCCUUUAAGAGCAAAGAGUCACCCGGUGGUGCUGCUAAACUCGGGGUUCUUCUCAGGCGGACAAUGCGGAACCUCUCCAGGGACAGGAUGGGCGUUUUGAUGAGACUGUCCCAAAACUUAAUCUACGGGCUCUUCGUCGCCUUUUUCGUCAUGCAUUUAGACAAUGAUGUCACCAAAGGAGCCGUGCAGGACCGCAUUGGGAUCAUCUACCAGUCAGUGGGGGCCUCGCCCUACACUGGCAUGCUCAACGCUGUGGCUCUCUUCCCAGCUUUGCGGGCAAUCGGGGAUCAGGAGAGUCAGGAUGGACUGUACAGUAAAUGGCAGAUGUUCCUGGCCUACAUCUUCCACAUCCUGCCCUUCAGCAUCAUCAGUGUCUUCAUCUUCAGUUCCUUCCUGUACUGGACUGUGGGAAUGCAUCCAGACAGUAUGCGCUUCUUGUGUUUCUCUGCUGUGGUCCUGGUUCCUCAUAUAAUAGGGGAGGUUCUUACUGUGGUGCUACUUGGGGUGGUCCAGGACCCAAACAUGGUCAACAGUGGUGUGGCUCUGCUCAAUAUCGCUGGUAUCCUGGUGGGCUCAGGCUUCCUGAGAAGUACCCAGCAGAUGCCAGUGGUCUUCCAGUGGCUCAGCUACCUUACUUUCCAGAAAUACAGCUGUGAACUGCUUAUUGUCACAGAGUUUCAUGGACUCAACUUCACAUGCAGUGACACAAGCCAUAUGACGGGGUCCUGUCUGAUCACUCAGGGCAGUCAGAUCAUUGACGAGGGAUACGCUGGCGCCCUGUCCCGAUACACACUAGAUUUUAUGCUCCUUUACUCCUUCCUCCCUGCCCUCCUUCUUCUGGGUGUAGUCAGCUUUAAGAUCAGAGACCACCUCGGACGUCACUGA